AUGUGGGAUGGUCGACUUGCAGAAAUACCUAGCAUACAUCAGUGAGUUUCGAAAUUAUUUGUUUUUUUUUAAAAAAAAACAUCAGAUGAUUGGUGAAUGGAAAGAUUGAGUAAAAAAAAUACGAUUAAAACUGUAUCUCUUUUCAACUAAUUAGUUUAUUAACAAGCGAAAUUCACAUUGAACAUUGGGUAGCUACGAAAAGUUCAAUGCUUGAACGUAAAUCAAAACUUUUUUUGCCGAGAGCUAGGCUCCUGAAUGAAGUUCGUGAACGUUUUACGUUCAAAAUAUGAUGAGAAAAUGAAAAAAAACUUUUAAAACGAAGGAAAAAAUGUUUUUGUAAAUAGUCGUAGCAUUUACUGUGUUUUGUGUAGAACACCGAUAUGAACAUUUCUUGCCUACCGUGAAUAAAACAAUUUUUCGCACUAAUAUUGAACAAAACUAAUUUCAGCGGCGACUUAACCCAAGAAAAUUUCUCGAAAAACCUUUUCAAGUACGGAGUCGUAGUUAUAAAUGGGAUUGAGAGCACGGCAGAAGCUACGGAAACUCUGUGCAAACAGUUGAUUCCGGUGCACGAUACCUUUUUCGGUCAAUUUUGGACUUUCAGCAAUGAAGCCAAUGAGGUUUCAAAAACUUAGCGUGAACCGAAAUAUCUUCAGUUACAGAAUGAACCGGUCUAUGAGGAUACAGCUUAUGGAAAUGAAGAAAUUGGCCCACAUACCGAUGGAACUUAUUUCAAUCAAACGCCAGGCAUUCAGGUUGAAACGAAAAAAUGUCUGUAUCAUGUGGGAAUUGCAGGUUUUUCACUGUUUGAAACCAGCUAAAAAUGGAGGCGAGACCAUUUUAGUAGACUCUUUUCAUUGCGCUUCAAUCUUGAAAGAAUCAGACCCAGAAUCUUUCGAAGUGUUGGCUUCAACAAAGGUAGAAACUUGAAAAGUGGUCAUAAAACGGGGUUUAAAUUUGAGAUAGAGCAUCACUAUUUGGAAGGAACACCCAGCGGAUCGGUUCUGAACACAGUGAGCCAUGAAAAGCCUGUCAUCGAGUUGGAUUCUUACCGAAACAUCACACAAAUAAGGCAAGUUUAUUUUUCACUGACCUACCACUAUCAAUUCACUUGAUUUUUCAAAAAUGUGUUCGAAUCAAAAGGGAUCGAGUUUUUUUCCUCAAAAAUUGUUAACUAUCACAGUAUUGGAUGAAAAGAAGAAAACCUCGACUGAAAAUCGAAAUUCUAGUGGUAUCUGAUCCGAAACAUUUCUACAAACUUUUAUCAACUUAAAAAACACUCCAUGUAGAAGUAAGACGUAGAAAGUUAAGUUAAUUAGUUUAACUUCACUAUUAUUUUUCUCAAAUUUACAAAUGCCAAGAGUAACAUCGUUCUAAUCUAAAAUAAAAACAUUCUUUGUAUGCUGAAGCAAUCGAAAAAGACUGAAGCUUGCAGAUACAACCCGUACGAUCGCGCUCCCUACCGUUGCCUAGGCAAAGAAGAAGAUGCUCGCGAGGCGAUCCGCUUCUACAAAGCCUACGAGAAGUUCUCCAGAAUCUGCCACGACCCCAGUAACAGCGUUCAAAUCAGCCUCCAGCCAGGCAGCGUUAUUUUCAUCGACAAUUUUCGAGUACUCCAUUCGAGAGCCGAGUUUCAAGUGGGAACUCCGGACAGAGUUUUUGGAAACACAGUAUUUCAGGGCCACCGUCAAAUGUGCGGUUGUUACCUCUCAAGAGACAACUUCUACGCAAAAGCUCGUCCAUUCCUACCUGAAGAAAUACGGAGAUAUGUCUAA